ACGUUUGCACAUGUGACUGACAUUUGUUGAAAAUGAUUGAAACUAAAGAAAAAGUGACAAGAAUCGAAGAUUUGUUGGGAGAAGGUGCAGUUGCAAAGGAAAAUAAGGAUGAUGUGAAUGAGCAAGAAACCACCGAAACAAAAACAAACAGUGUCAGCAAAAAAGAUCAAAAAGAAAAGGAGAAAGCUAAAAAUUUAAUACCCAGAGGCAAACCAAAGUCUGGCAGAGUUUGGAAAGAGCAGAAACAAAGGUUUUCAUCAAUCGUUAAAACUCGAGGUAUCAGAACAUCACAAGAUAAGAAACAGAAAUUGAGAGAAGACCUUAAAAGGGUGAAAGAAAUGUCUAGAGAAAUCAAAGCACAAAAAGAGGCAGAGAAACUAGCUAAAAAAGAGAGGCGAAAGGAAAACUUGAAGCGAGAAAAAGAAAAUCAAAAGAAGAGCGAAGUUGUUCAAGUUAUCAAGGAUACAGCAAAAAUAAAGAAAAUGAAAAAGAAUCAGCUGAGAUCAAUAGUAAAACGAGAUACUGUGAAGACAUAAAGACAAAAUAUUAUUUUUCUUAAUUAUAAUUUUUGUAAAAAAGUGCGCUUAACUGUAAAAAGAUUUUCAAAAAUAUUAAAACUAUAUUCGUUUGUAUUUUAUUAUUGAGUUUAGAUUAUAAAAACUUGUAUACCCAAGGAAACAUUAUGUACACGAUUAAUAUUUUAACAAAACGAUCGCUUUGAAAAAUAUAAAAGCGCUUAAACAAUAACGCAACUAAACUUAUAUAUUAGAAAAAUAUAUCAAGUUAUGAGGCACCAUUUUUGACAGAUUUUUUAAAAUUUCUGUAAAAAUAUUUAAUUAUUGGCUCUUUCACUAUCACGUAUUUUUUGUUCUUUGACGAAUUCUUUCAACUCACUUUUCAAAUCAUAAAUCGCCCCUUCUCUUCUCUGAAAACGAUGAAAUUUAUUAAUAAAAGUACAGAUUUUUUAUGAUCAU